UGUGCUUCCCCUCUGACCUAGCCUAGAAGAAGGCUCAGCCCCUGGGAGAUGCUCUAAGGGACACUCCCCGAGAGGCUGGAGGAUUCCACUGCACAGCCGCCUCAGCUGGAAGGAGGAAGAUGGGCUCCUGUGCACAGGGAUUCAUGCUGGGGUGCUGCCUGCUGCUGGCCAUCACCUGGGGCCCUGUCCUGAGCCUUGUGCCGCGCGUUCAGGAGGAACAACAGGGGUGGGAAGAGACAGAGGAGCUGCCAUCUCCUCUGGAUCAUGUGACGAGGCCUGAAGAAACACGAGAGAAGUAUAGCCCCAGCCAGGGUGAGGACCUCCCCACUUCCCGGUGCUACCGAUGCUGUGACCCCAGCACUCCUGUAUACAAGACAAUCCCCCCACCCCAGAUCAACAUCACCAUCCUGAAAGGCGAGAAAGGUGACCGAGGGGAUCGAGGCCUCCAGGGGAAGUAUGGCAAAAUAGGUUCUACGGGUCCCAGGGGCCAUGUUGGCCCCAAAGGGCAGAAGGGAUCCAUUGGAGCCCCUGGGAACCACUGCAAGAGCCAGUACGCAGCCUUCUCCGUGGGCCGGAAGAAGGCUCUGCACAGUAACGACUACUUCCAGCCCGUGGUCUUCGACACAGAGUUCGUGAACCUCUACAAACACUUCAACAUGUUCACUGGGAAGUUCUACUGCUACGUGCCGGGCAUCUACUUCUUCAGCCUCAACGUACACACUUGGAACCAGAAGGAGACGUACCUGCACAUCAUGAAGAACGAGGAGGAGGUGGUGAUCCUGUACGCGCAGGUGAGCGACCGCAGCAUCAUGCAGAGUCAGAGCCUGAUGAUGGAGCUGAGGGAGGAGGAUGAGGUCUGGGUGCGUCUCUUCAAGGGCGAGCGUGAGAACGCCAUUUUCAGUGACGAGUUCGACACCUACAUCACCUUCAGUGGCUACCUGGUCAAACCGGCCUCUGAGCCCUAGCGGACACUCCUGUGGAGCUUCCACGGACUGCUGGCCUCCUUGCCUGGCACCCUGACCUGUCCCUACAUUCUACAGACACUGGAGUCCUGCCCCGGGCUGACCCCAUCGUCUCUCCACUCCAUCCUGGCUUCCUUGGCCUUGAUUUCCAAAGUUUUGGCUUUUGACAAGAUGCCUUUGGCCGCUGGGAAUCCCAAAGGACGGUUCGGUCCCAGAUCUGGCUGCUACUCUAAGCAGAGAACCUGCCGGCAAAUGAAAUCAUUGGGCGGGGAGCCUGUGAGGACAUUGGGGGGGGGGCCUCCAGCUCCUUCUGUGUACACAGCCUUAGACGACCCUGUGCUGUGUUGUCCCGUGGCCACAGGGUGUUCCAGAGCACAGCCCCUGUGUGUUCCCAUUCCUGGACGCGAGUAAGCAAAUAUCAUGGGUUUCUUAGGAAUGAAGUCAAGCAGAAAAGAGAAAGAAAGGUGGUGUUAGUUUUAGCUUUCCAGC